AUGUUGGCAACACUCUCAUUGCUCGAAGGUUUGGAAACAAAUGAGCAAUGUCAAAGAAGAAAGAGGUUACAGCAACACUUACAACAACAACAACAGCCUUAUCAACAACAGUCUUAUCAACAACAACCAUAUCAACAAUCAUAUCAACAACAAUCAUAUCAGCAACAACAACAACCAACAUAUGUACAACAACAACAACAACAACAACAACAAACAUUACCAGAUCAACAAGUACCCUAUUACUAUUAUUAUUACUAUCCAAAAGCAAAUAACAACAACAACAACAAUGUAAAUAAUAAUCAACAACAACAACAACAACAACAACAACGUAGAGUAAACGUGUUCUCAAGACUUGGUAAUACGAUUGUAUCAUCAUUACAAUCAUUCUUCACAAGGGAGCUACUGGGAUACAGGAUGAAUCCUUGGUUUGGCUCAUCAUUAUCAACAUCAACAUCAAUGUCAAAUGCUUCGUCAAGCAACAACAACUACAACAAUUAUAACACAUCAUCAUCAUCAACAACUUCAUCAAUUGAUGACGAUGACUCAAUGAGAAUGAGUGGUACAAAGGAAGCUGAUGCUGCCACAACAUCAAGUUCAUCAAACACCAUUGCCAAUGCCAAUGUCACUGUGAUGGAGCUAUCGAGCAAGAUUGUAGAGUUGGAGGAGAUGGUAAACACAGAGACACACUACCGCGACGUUGAAAGAAAGGGCCGAUUGAUUGCCGAGCAAGGUUUGCAAGAGGAGAUCAAUCACAUGGGCUUCCUGUCCAAGAAGUACAAGGACCUGGAGACUCAACACGACCAUCUGUGGCGUCUCUACGGCGUGUGCAACAAGCGCAAGAAGGCGCUGCAACAGUCGUGCGAGGAGAUCAAUGGUCAGUUGCAAUCGAUAUUGGAUCAGUUCCAGCAGAACAUGGCCGAACAGAUGGACGCCAGCAACAACCAGACGGUGACCGUGACGAUCGACAGCGAGUUUAUCGAGGCCUUUGAGCGCCUGACCAAGAUGCUGAGUCAGUCCGGUCCAGCGUCGGACACUGAGGAUCCACUGCAGCAACAGGAGGAAGAGUUGUUCCUACACAUCACCAAGCAUAGCAAUGGCAAUGGCAAUGGUAGUGGCAACAGCAAUGGCAGUAGCAAUGGCAACAACAGUAGUAACAGUGAUCAUAAUCAUCACCAUCAUAUUAGCAAUGGUGCCUCUUCGAUAUUGCGGCAACCAGUACAAUUUACAGAUAUAUAA